ACAACGAGUGCUCCUGCUGCUGCAUGCCGUGCAACAACAAAAACUAAAUUAAUCUCACCUAACAAAGGCACAAAUCAAAUACACCGCAGGGACAUAAAUGGAAAUAUGACGGUCAAACUGGUAAUUGAAUUGAUAUGCGUUCGCUUAGUAACUACUUGCAAAUUAGAAUAAAAAAAGAGUAAAGAGUGUUUGUAAUGCAAGAAGGAAUGAAAGUGAAAAAAUAUUUGUUUUGAAAAUAUCAAAUUUUAAAAAUUGUACUUAAAUUAAAAGCUACGCAAAAAUAUGUUCACAAAUUAAACUAUUUUAAGGCUUUUCAAAUGCUAGAAAGUGCUAAAAAAUUUAUAAGCAAAUGCAAAACUUAAAGAAAAUGUCUGAAAAUAAUGAAUUGUGUGUUGUAAAUAAAAAAUAUGAAUUUAAAUGUGCAUCGGAAAAAUUUGAAAGUGUAAAGGCAUUACAGUAAUUCCUCAACCAAACUAAAAUGCUAUUAAAUUAUUCCAAAGUUAAUCCAAUCGUAGGCUUCCGUGCCGCAGCUCGCAAAAAGUGUCCAAUUGGAAUUCUUAUACUGAAUUGUUUAGUUUGAAUUUUCACACACCAACAAAUGUCUGUUGGAUAGAGAACAACAAACAUUGAUCAGGUGUUUGCAUGCGCAAAAGGGAAUGGGACCUAAAAAGCGUCUCAUUACAGCAGCUGCCGCCGCCGCCGCUGCCGCCACUACUACUGAGCGUCUACAACGUUCGUCUGCCCACACAGCCGCAACGGCAAAGAAGCGUCACGUUCCGGGAAAGGCGAAUAUUUCACCAGUGGGCCGCAAGCCGAUUGCCAGUAACGUAACGACGGUAAAACGUAGCGCUGCCGGCCGUACGCCUUCGCCCGCAAAGAGACAGCAAACAGCGAUCAAUAAGGAGCGCGAGAAAGAAAAGGACAAAGAGAAAGAAAAGGAUAAGGAGAAAGAGAAGGAGAAAGAAAAGGAGAAGCAGAAGGAAGAAAAGUUAGAGAAAGUUGAAAGUAAAGAGUUGGAUAAGGCUGACAUUAAACCAAAUGAGACAGAGCAAAAAGUUCCGCUUGCCAAAAAUAACGAAGAAAGUUUAGGAAAGCUCAGUUUAGAAAAGGACCAACACAAAGCGCAAUCUGUGCAACCCGAGGAAUUGGUCAACAAAAUUGCUGGGACGCAUAUAUCCAAACCAACAAAGCGUACACCGUCUCGUGAGAAUGUGAAGAAAUCUAACGCUUCCGAGACGAAAGAUAAGUCUUCCUGUACUUCCAAUAAGAAAACGGAAUUGGAGAAGCAAAAGGCUGAUUCCGAACCGCCUGCAAGCACAUCAACCUCAUCUUCUGCUGCCAACAAGAACAAAGCGGACGACCGAAAGGAUGGGAAGACCAAAGCCAUAAGUAAAAUGCUUAAAAGUCUCGAUAUACAAAUAAGCGGUUUCGAUAAUAUACUGCCAAGCGAAGAACGCAUACAAGAUACUCUCAAGUCCUCCAUUUCGGAGAAUGUGAAGACUAAGUCGCGUGCUGCGGCGGUUAAGGUGAUAGCAAGUUUGAAUCCGCCGAAGUCGAAUAUAGCGCGUAUUAAAGCGCGACAGGAGGAAGAGAGAAGGGAGAAAGAAAAGGAAAAAGAGAAGAACAAGGACAGGGAUAAAGACAAAGAGAAAGAUAAAGUUAAAGAAACAGAAACAGAAAGUGAGAAGGAUAAGGAAAAAGAGCAAGAAAAGGUUGAUAUUAAUUGCAAGGAAACCGAGAGUGGGCAUGUAAUUUCACAAACACCCAAAGAGGAGACAAAAAUAACUACACAAGAAUCUCCAGUCACACAAGAAAAAGCUCAAAAAUCAAACGAAACUUCGAUAGACUCUAAUAAAGUUAGUUCUUCGAAACCUAACGAAUCUCAAGCGUCUCCCAGUGAAACAAUUAAAAAUCCUUUAACCAAAAUGGCGCCUAAGAAAAAAGUAACGGCCAAGCGUGCCAAUAAACCCGACACUAAUCAAAAGAACAAAAAAGCAACUACUCAAAAAGCGACCGACAAUGGUUCCAAAACACCGAAAAUGACUACCAAAGCUACAAAUUCGACCGAAGUUGGUACCCCGUUAAAGAAGAGGCCACUGAAAUCAAAGCCGAUAAAGAAAGUCAUCGAAGAGAAAAAGAAAGAAGAAAUUGCCGAAGCUGCAGAUAUGGCAGACAAGCAGUGCAAGGUUGUGGAACCACCCGAUCCACCGGACCAAGAAAAGAGCGAAGAAGGAAAGGGCGUGAAAACACCAAAAAAGACCCCAUCGCCGAAAAAAGUUAAGACGAACCCAAAGAACACGGACAAGUGCAAUAUUCAGGAGCCUGAGAAGCCGGUUGACGAACGGCCAGAACUAGUAGAAAAAGAGGAAACUUUAAGAAUAGUAUUAGACGCUAAUACGGAAGUAGUGCAAAUGGAUCUAGAAGAAAUGCCGGUAUGUGCAAGUGCUCCGAAAGAAGUAGAGCACAAAAAAGAGAAUAAAGACGAUGUAGAGCACAAUUUGGAGACUGAUGAUAAACAGCAAACAAUAAAGCCAGAAGAAACGACUGAAAGAACAGCGACCUCGUCAACGUCCACGUCUUUGGUUGGCAAGAAGCAAACGUCGAAUAUCAAGCAAAGAUUACAAAACAAGUACAAAGUGCCGCCGAUUAAAUCCAGUGGCGCCAAAUUACUUAGCAAAAAAUCAAAGUUUGCAGAAAAGCUGGUGGUUAAUAAAUCUAUUAGUGCCGUAGCAAAGGACGACAUUUAUGACUUCAGGUCAGGUUCUGAGGAAGAAGAGAAUAUUAAAAUGGUGCUACCUACACUUAAAAAUUUACGCGAGUUCGCCGAUGAAGAAAAUAAAACAAAAUCUACUAAAGAAGCUCUAAAGAACAAACCGAAGUCGAUUGUGACAGACGAGCAGGUAGAGAAGACCGAAGCAGUACUAGAAAAUGAAGAAGAAAAAAAUGUCGAAGAGCCCGCACAGGAGACCGUUGAGCCAAUGGAAAAUCCCAAGGUUGAUGAAAGCGCUAAAACUGAAGAAAAUGUAGAUGCUUUGAAAUACAACGUUCAGGAAAAUGAAAAUACGGUAGCUAAACCUGCGCCGAAAGCGAAAAAGGUAACCAAAACAAAGGUGACACGGAAGGUGUACAAGAAAAAACCAUUAAUUACAAAGAAAGUUCUCAAAACCGUGAAGGGAAAGAUAUUGCAAAAGGCAUCAAAACAGAAAGCGACUGCCAAGAAAGUGAAUAGGGAAUCUUCAACAGCCACCAGUGAUUCGGAAGAUGAGAAAAAGUUAAUUGAUUUCGGUCCCAAACGACAUCGCAUGGCAUCAUUGAAUGCACUGGCCAAAGUACAGUGUCUCUACGAGAAUGAAUCGCGUACGGCCUACGAGUUGGGUCUAUCAAAGGCGACACAGCUUCCUCCUAAAAUUCGCACCGUUGAUGGAAGUGAUGACGAAAAAGAUAAAGAUAAAGACAAGGAUAAGGACAAAGAAAAAGAAAAAGAUAAUGAUGAAAAAGUUAAAGUAAAGAAGGAGAAAAAACCAGAAGAUGUCGCCAAAGCUAUUGAGCCCCAGAAAGCAGAGUCUGAGGAUGAACCCCAAGAGGUGGAACCCAAGCGUGAGCUGCGCCAUGUGCCAGGCGGCCGUGGACUCGGUAAACAUUGGGAGUUUGAAGAGAGUGGCGACAGUGAAGACGAGGAGAUAGAUAAAAUGAAGCUGAAACGCAAGAAGUUGCAGAAAAAGUUGGCUAAUAAGAAGGAAAAGGAAGCGGAGAAGCUAAAAGAGAAGGAAAAAGAAAAGGAAAAGGAAAGAGGGAAAGAAAAGAAGAAUGACGAGGCUUCUAGUAGCAAAGCUGGCAAAGCAAAAGAAGAUAAAGAGAAAGAUGGUCAAAAAGAAAAGGAACCCAUUAAAGUAAAGCGAAAAUAUACCAAGAUUAAGAAGCCAUUGAAGAAAAUAGUUAAAUUAAAGUCCGAAAGCUCCGAUGCUGGCGAGAACUCCGAAGCGAGCGAAAAUGAAACCAAACUUGAAGAUAAGGAGAUAUCAAAAGCACACAAAGCCAAAUUGGAGGCACGAAAGCCGCCAAAGAAGCGUAAGCGUAUGCUACGCGAGGAGCUAAUCGGUGAUUAUAAAGGCAUAUUGGCACGCAAACGUAUGGCCAGUCUUAAUGCCAGCGCCAUUGUGGCAGCCACUUAUGAAGUGGAACGUCAUCUGGAUAAGAAUCUUGCCUAUGGCAGCUACGAAAGCAGCGACGGCGAAGAGAAGGCUUCUACGCCGGCUAAAAAAUCCAAGGAUGCGAUAAAAGAGGCCCGGAAAGCAUCCGUAGCCACAGUGACAACCGAAGAGACAUCGGCCACAAAGGGAACCGGUGAUGCCACUGCCAAUACCACUGCUACGGCCAACAGUUCGAAUGCGUCCAAUGCAAGCGGCACAGCAAGGGAGUCAAGGCCAAUGAAUAUAAAUGAAGAGAGUAAUGACUCAAAGUAUUCCAAAGAAACCAAAGAGACCAACACAGAUACAACGACAACGGCUGGUUUUCGUGAUUCGGGCAGCACAAAAGAUGCCAAGGAUUCCAGCCGACCAACCUCGUCCAGUGUGGUCAUAGUUCAAGAUACUGACGUUACUAUAACGGGAGUGUACGUAAAUUCCACAACCGGGUCAAGUCAGGAGGCCUACUGCAAGAUGCAAUAUCGCGUACAAUCAAGUGUUACCGAGGAGAGAUUACUGCGUCCAAGCUCAGUUGAUCCACCAAAAUCUUAUACGCCGUUAAGCGCGCUCUCCAGCAUGUUGCCGCCGGGUGCUACAGCAGGCGCAGGUGGAGCAAUGAGUGAAGCGCAUGGCUCACCACCGCCACCGCCACCGCCCACUGCGAUAGGCACCACACUGCCAGAGGCGCUGAGCGCAGCAGGUAUGUACCACGCCAGUGACUUGGGACUGCAUACCGAACACGGCGCUCCAGAACAUGGCCCACCGCCGCCUUCCUACGCUGCCGCAGCCGCCGCCGCAGCUGCCGCCUACCACGCACAUCACUUGUCUCCAGCUGCUGCAGCGGCCGCUGCCGCCGGCAUGCAUGUACACCAUCAGCAUCAAUAUGCGCACGCACAUGCGCAUCAAUAUCCACCAGUAGGCGGUGAACACGGAAUUCAUGGUGGACCGCCACCCCCAACAGCCUCUGGUCCACCGCCGCCUCAUCACUAUCAAGCACCACCACCGCCACCUCCACAUUACGGGCCGCCACAGCCACCGCCUACAUCGAGCGUAGUCGGUCAGGGACGCUGUGAUGUGGGUUCGCCACCGCCAACCUAUCGUUCAAGUAUCUACGCGCCGCCAACGGGCCCGCCGCAACCACAGGCAGCGCCUGGCGGCUUGCUGCCGCCGCCACAUUCCUCACUCUCAAUGACAGCGGGAGGUGGCGCGAGUGCCUUCUGUGCGCCCAAUCUACAUCAUCAGCAAGCACAGCACCAACAUCAGCAACAACAACAGCAGCAGCAGCAACAGCAAAUGGGACAACAACAGGACACAAGUGGGCACGUUCGACCAUAUUUCAUAUGCUACAUGCUGGCAAGCAGCGAGAUGCAACAAAGUGUAGCAACAACAAUAGCCUCAAAUAACAACAAGCCGUAA